GUCAAUAUCACGCACGUCUUAUUUCCAAGAGAGUAGCGCGUGGUAGUGAAAAAAUGCGUCAAUAAAGUUUAGCACGCUUUCAAAAGUCAAAAAUGAUCGUUCUUUCAUCCCAUCGUUGUGGAUAUGUAGUUACUUGGAAGUCGUACUUGUCGUCCUAGCGUCAGUUGCAAGAGGUACUCUGCUUUGGAUUUCGCUUUGCUUGCGCCCCUGAUACAGGGUUUCGUCCUUCGCUCCAGAGUAUUGUUAGAUAGAAAUAAACCGCGGAAGUGCUGGUGUACUUAUCUCAACAAGUUUUCAAGUCCUGGACUUCAAAAUGUUGUACGUGCGGCAGGAGAUAAUCGAGCACGGCGUGUGCAACUUCAGUGAGCCGUCGUGGCGGGGCACGAGCAAGUAUAUGGAGAAAGUGAUUGCGUUUGUCGAGCACAUGGUGAAUUCCGUCCCCGACGUGAAAAAAACCGGCCGGAUUUCCAAGGAAAAGUGGUACGAGUAUUGCCAGUCCCCGAAGGUAGCGCAGCUGGUCCAAAAAUUCCCCCAGAACGUGGCCAUGAGCUACUGGGUGCUGUUUUCCACCCUGGGGACGUUGAACUGCUUCAAGAAUUCCGGAGCUGCGGGACAGGCGGGACUUUUGGGUUCUGGUUCUGGUGGCAGUUCAAGCUCCUGCUCUUCUCCUACGCAAGAGCAACAACAGAGCAUCAACUUCGGCAGUAGCGAUUUGAUUCCGGAGUCGCAGCACCACAUUGACAUCCGCGUGAUUGCGCUGUUUCUCAUGGUGCAGGUGUUCCCCAAGUACAAGCACGAUUUCAACAAACAAAUGGGCAAGGAAAACAACGGGUUGAACAACCUGUACAAUGAGGGCACCAAAUCCCCACGGGGGUCGAUGAACCCCUCGCAAUCGCUAUCCCGUGUAAAGACGUCCCCACCCCAUAGUUGUCAUGCAAUUCUGCAUGCCAAAAAAGUUUCUCACGCGGAGCCCUCUGAGAAGCAUGCUCUAUUCGUGUUUUGGAAUUUGUCAUGCUCCUAUCAGCACGAUGUGCUAGAUCUGUGAUGCUUCUGAACUAGCUAAACAUAACAGGAUUACACCACGAGGGCAGACUUGUCAUGCCAAACAACCAAAGCUGGCUGAUUUGUCUAGCAGAUUUCCCAUCUGGACUCUGGUGUGGCGACGUUUUUAAUCAGGAUAGUCGCCGCGCUACCAGCAAGCGUCCCCCCGGUCCGCACGGGGUGCGGACCAAUUAUUUGGGCAGAGCCUCUCCGGGUUCGGGAACAACAUGCAGAAUAAUCACGCACCGCCGAAGGCCGUGCUCGCGUUCAUCCAGCACGAGAUUCUACCGAAACUCAUUUGCGAAAUCUUCCCGUUGCACCCGGACAUCGGAAACAGUCCGAGACACCGCGACGCGAAUUUCUUCACGUUGACCUCCAUGCAGACGCAGGUGCUCGCGAUAAUUCUGGAUUUCAGGAGGCUGGACGGUGAACAGCUGGCACUAUCGGAACAGCACCAAGUGGCUGCAAACAAGCUCAACGCCCCACCGCUUCAUUUAUUUUUCGACAAGCUGCAAAACGAUAUCGCCCGAAAGUGCCAGAAGCAGAACUACCGGCAAUUCACGGACGAAUUGAAGAAACAGGUGCAGACGUGCGAAAAAUCGUACCCGAGUCACCUCGGUAAGUCGCUGACGAGCGACCCGUUGAUGCACAGCAUCUACAGUCAGCUAACGUCCUCGAGCGCCAGUUUACACCAGUCGAUGGGCCAGUUGCAAUUCCGCAAUGAACGAGACCGAACCGCGGGUGGGGCGGACUCAGGGACGCCGGUAAUCACGCGGGAGACCGCGGUGGUGGCCAAUCAAACCCGGUCAACGGUGAUCGAAACCAAAUGCUACGAGAGGGUGUAUGUGGUACGAUUUUCUUAAGAAGGAAUAAAUGUCUGUUCUUGCAGCGAUGCAUGAAAUUUAUGAUGUUACCCUGCGAGAAAAUAAAUCCGAAAAAUAUCGAGACUCGUGCCUAUUUGCGUAAAAGAGGAUGGAGGUCGUUCGUAGGAUGAGUUUUGAAAAUGAUUUCCCAACACAGGUAAACUGUAGGAAUUGCCACGUGUAUCUUUCCGGCGGCGUUAUCGGAUCCGUUUACAUCGCCGGCUGCCAGGACUGUCAAAUUGUCGUGUCCAGUGCAGAUUUGGUCACCGCUUGCGACGGCGAAAAGCUGUCCCUGCACGUGAGCGCAGAUUUGCUGAAACUCGACAACUGCAUUUCCUGCACCUGCUACCUCGCAACGACGCACCCAGCUAUUAUGUGCGGCGACACGAGAGGGAUUAAGCUCGGGCCCUACAACGUGCUGUCGCACGACAAUGUAGCGACUGCACUAGAUCCGGCCGUGCACCAGCACAGCAGGAAUAUUAACGGCAGUGACCCGGACCAGAGCUUCCGGGCUGCCACUAGCUGGAGCAACCCCUUGGUUUCGGGGACCAGCUCGCCGGAGGAGGUUUUUAGCUACGUCCAUCCCAAGGACUUCACGCCGGUGGUAAUUCCCGGAAUCAGUCCGACGCAGGACCUCGCGACGCAGAUGAAGUGCUUUGCUGCACAGGCUAGUGGGGGCGGAGGCGGGGAAGGUAUAGUAAAAUCACUUGAAGACGACCAGCAGAUGAAAUUGUGCUCGCACGCUUUGUUUCGUUGUCCUGUCAAUUUGCUCUUCCUUCAACUCGUGAAAUAGAAAUUUACUUUUCUCUUCCAUGCUUUUUUUGCAAUUCAUCUACAUAAUUCUUUCAAAAACAGACCCUGUCCGCUGGGUGAAGCAGCUGCACCUGCCCGAAACCUACAGCCGCCAGCUGCAGGCGAAGCUCCAGGAUGUGAGCCAAGCGAAGCAGGGCUUUGAUAAGUUCAAGAUUGAGAAACUAAGUGAGAAUUUUCAGCAAUUCCUGAACGACAAAAAUCGAAAGAAGCAGCUGCAAGACCUCGCGAAGCUGCAGUCUUUCGCGCAGAAACAAGCGAUGAAGGGGAGCUGAGUUUUUACUGAAUUUUUACGCUGGGUGAUAGUUUUUAGCAACAACAUAUCGAUGUCAUUGAAAUGCG